CAGUCGGAUAAAAUAGACAUCUCUGCCCGUUUUGCUUUGUUGCUUGAGAAAUUCCCAUGGCCAUGGCAGCAGCAUAACCUAGUUCUUUGCUUCUGACAACAUCCCCCAUUCAUUUUCUGCUAAAAAAUCUCCCAUUUUCGUUUCCAAUAUUCUCUCUUGUUCCUGAAAAUGGUUGGUCUGGCAUUGUGGAGGAGAUAAGAGGAGGGACCAGUUCUUUCUCCUCACUUAUAUCAGUUUUGGCUUUGGGUGUUUGCCGGGGGUUCUGCUUUUCUGUUUUUCAUUUUCCUUCUUCCUCUUCUUCUUCUCUCUCUCUCCAGAGGGAUUCUUAGCUUGAAGCUUUUUCCUGGGCAUCUGUCACCUGCAUGCCACCCUUUGGCCUCCUGUCCCAAAGUUUGAGGGUGAAGAUGCAAGUGGACCACGACACUUAAUUGUGCUUUUUCUCUUUUACUGCUGGGCUGAAGCUGACAACCUUGGAAUUUUCUUGCUCUGAUCGUGUGGAGUUGAAGGAAAACAGGGGAAAAAAAAAAAACGAAUCUCAGUCGGGAAAUUUCUUGUUGGGUUUCCCCUGCUUUCUUUUCAUGUGAUUGUAGAUAAGGAGUUGGGUAGGUGGUGAGCCUGGAAAUUAGAGCUUCUCAGUGAGUAGAAUAAAUUCUGUUUCCUCAGAGAACUCUGGAAAACAUGAUGGAGGUAUCAUCAUCAUAAUAGGUAAGAGUUCUCUCUCAGAGAUCAUGUGAUUGUAGGUAGAAGUUGGGUCGGUGAAGAAAGCUUAUGGGUGAGUUUUAUAAGAAUUUAUUUUCUUAGAAAACUCUGGAAAACGGAAAACGGGAGAAAAUGGAGGUAUCAUCAUCGAAUCAGAAGACAAUAGAGAGAGUUGUCUCUCAGAGAGCCCUGCAGAUGGGCAGCUCUUUCCCAUGUCAAAUUUGUGUUGUGGGCUUUCUCUGUGGAGUCUGCAUCGCCUCUCUGUUCAUCGCCGCUCUGACUUCAUUCGGGACCUUCGAGUUCGGCAGAGUCUCGCUGUCCAUGGGGAUCACUCCGUGGAAUUCGAGUUCGAAUAUCAUCAAUAUCUUUACGAGCCCCAACACAAGCAUUGAGCUGAAAGAAACAGAGAGGAAACAGGAUUACGACAACAAUAGUCGACAGGAACAGGACGGACACAGAAUUGCUCUGCUUUACUCUGCCUGGAGCUCAAUGCUUAGAGAGUCGUCGGAUGUUGCAGACGAAUUCUUGCGUAGCGUAGGUCUAAGCCGAUCCACGCUUCCAAACGCACCCUAUUUGGAGAACUGCAAGUUGAGCUCCGAAUUGAAUAGACGCCUCGAUAAUCAGGCUAAGAAUGAGAGUUUUCCCCCUUGGGUGAGCUGGAAGGGAGCACUAGACACUCACCCGGCAUCAUCAAGCAAUGAGCAGCUGAAAGAUUUUUGGCAUCAAGAAACAUCCAAAGGUUCUAAUCCUCCAUGGAUUACGGGGUCGGACGGGGAAAACUACCCACUCACGAGAAAAGUGCAAAGGGACUUAUGGAUCCAUCAGCAUCCCAUGAACUGCAGCGACCCUAGCUUGAGGUUUCUCGUGGCAGAUUGGGAAACACUUCCAGGAUUUGGCAUCGGUGCUCAGUUUGCUGGGAUGUGCGGUCUUCUUGCAAUUGCUAUCAGAGAAAAGCGGGUCCUUGUUACAAAUUACUACAAUCGGGCCGAUCACGAAGGCUGUAAAGGAUCAUCACGGUCUAGUUGGGCCUGCUACUUCUUUCCAGAAACAUCUCAAGAGUGCCGGGAUCGUGCAUUCGAACUUAUGAGGAGUGAAGAUGCAUGGGCUAAAGAAAUUGUCACUGUGAAACAGAACUAUACUUCUAAGGAAAUAUGGGCUGGCCGUAUACCUAGGCGCUGGGGGAAUCCAUGGAGUUACUUGCAGCCUACGACAGAGAUAAACGGCAGUUUAAUCACUUACCAUCGCAAAAUAGAUAGAAGAUGGUGGAGAGCACAGGCUUUACGCUAUCUGAUGAGAUAUCGAACAGAGUACACGUGUGGUCUAAUGAAUGAAGCGCGCCACACGGCAUUCGGGAAAGAAGCUGCAGAGCAUGUCCUGGCAAGUCUAGGCAGAGAUUGGCCCAAGAACGCUGUGGAAAAUGGGAAAUCGGAAAUUGAAGAGUUCGUGUGGUCCAGUCACAAGCCAUGGAUACCUCGGCCUCUGCUAAGCAUUCAUGUGAGAAUGGGAGACAAGGCAUGUGAGAUGAAAGUUGUCAAAUUUGAAGAAUACAUGAGUCUCGCGUUUCGAAUUAGAAAACGCUUCCCUCACCUCGACAGAAUAUGGCUAUCCACAGAAAUGCAAGAAGUGAUUGACAAGUCGAAAUUAUACCCAAUAUGGAAGUUCUACUACACGAAUGUGACACGCCAAGUUGGGAGCAUGUUGAUGGCAAAUUACGAGGCGAGUCUUGGCAGAGAGACGAGCACGAACUAUCCGCUUGUCAACUUCUUAAUGGCUUCUGAUGCGGACUUCUUCAUCGGGGCACUAGGCUCGACUUGGUGCUUCCUAAUAGACGGAAUGAGGAAUACUGGCGGGAAAGUGAUGGCGGGAUACUUGAGCGUCAACAAGGACCGAUUUUGGUAAAAAUUUCCUUGGAGUCGGGGUAAACCAGGCCUGUAUAUAUAGCCCCGAUUCGGUCCGAUUGUUUCGCCGGACUUUCUUCAUUUUCAUUCCGUAUCUCUUUAUCUGGAGAGCCCAGAUAUAGAGCGGAAGAGUCUUUUUGUUCUUGUUGCAAUGUAUUAUAGUAGCCUCGCUGGAGCCACCUUGUAUAUGUAUCGAGCAAAAUCGCAAUUCAGAUCGAUGUGUACAUGAGAAGACACUGUACUCUUACAUGUACUUAAUUAUCGGUACUUAUUCUCGACC